AUGGUUUCCAUGGACAUACCAUCAAGUUUUGCAAAUUGGGGAUUUAUGGAAGAAUUGUUCAUUUCUCGAAAUAAGCUCAAUGGUACCAUCCUCAACCAAGUCGGCGCAGCUAUAAUCUCCCUGGAUCACAAUUCAUUCACUGGGUCUCUCCUGCUGGAAGUUGAUAACUUGGAAAAUAUUAGGGAGAUGGACAUCUCAGAGAACAAACUAUCAGGUGAAAUUCCAAAUACGUUGGGAAAGUGUCAAAGCAUGGAGUUGCUUUAUAUGCAUGGCAACUGGUUUCAAGGAACCAUUCCAGAGUCUCUAAAGAAUUUAAAAGGUAUCAAAGGGCUUGAUCUUUCGCGCAAUAACUUGUCUGGGCAGAUUCCAAAGUAUUUAGAAGAAUUUCAUUUCUUACAGAAUUUGAAUUUGUCAUUCAAUAAUUUCGAGGGUGAAGUGCCCAAAGGAGGAAUCUUUAGAAAUGCCAGCGCAAUUUCAGUUGUCGGAAACAGCAAACUCUGUGGAGGUAUACCAGAACUACAAUUGCCAGGGUGUCUUAAGCAAGCUUCCAAGAAACGAGAAAAACCUCUUGCUACCAGAAGAAGAAAUUCUCCAAAGAAAGCUUCUUCUCCAUCUUCUACAGAGAAUCAGUGGCUACGAGUUUCUUAUGCGGAUAUACUUCAAGCAACAGAUGGGUUUUCUUCGGCUAAUUUAAUUGGUGUGGGAAGUUUCGGUUCUGUGUAUAAAGGACUUCGAGAAUGCUUUGAAACACUUGUUGCAGUGAAGGUACUCAACCUCCUACAACAAGGAGCUUUUAAGAGUUUUGCAGCUGAAUGCGAAGCAUUAAGAAACAUCUGGCAUCGAAAUCUUGUCAAGAUCUUCACGGUUUGUUCGAGCAUUGAUUUUAAUGGCAAUGAUUUCAAAGCUCUAGUGUUUGAGUACAUGCCUAAUGGUAGUCUGGAGAAGUGGUUGCAUCCAAAUGUAGAUGAACAACCUCAACUGAGGUGUUUGAAUCUUACCCAGAGGCUAAAUAUAGCCAUUGAUGUGGCUUCGGCAUUAGAUUAUCUUCAUCAUCAUUCCAAAAUACCAAUUGUUCAUCGAGACCUAAAACCAAGCAAUGUUCUUCUUGAUGAUGAUAUGGUUGGCCACGUGGGUGACUUUGGUUUAACAAGGAUCCUCUCUGAAGCUGCAGAAGGUUUCUCCCAAAAUCAAACUACCACAUCUGGGAUUAAGGGAUCGAUUGGGUAUAUUCCUCCAGAGUAUGGGAUGGACGGUAAGGCGUCCACACAUGGAGAUGUAUACAGUUAUGGGAUCCUUCUACUCGAGAUGAUCACUAGAAAGCGACCAACUAAUGACAUGUUUAGGGACAAUCAAGGCCUUCAUCACUUUGCAAAGUCAAAUUUCCCAGAACAAGUAAUGGAGAUUAUAGAUCCAACAUUUCUCUUUAAAGAUACUGAAGCUAUUCAAGACAGUGAAAAUCGCAACAAUUUGAGAAAUAGAAUGCAUAAUUGCUUGGUUUCAUUGGUCAACGUUGGUGUAUCGUGUUCUGCGGAAUUGCCAAAGGAACGAAUGAAGAUGAGAGACGUUGUCAUGGAAAUGAAUGCAAUUAGAGACUUAUAUCUGGAGGUUGGGAUUCACUGA